AUCCAAUAUAACUGUUGCCCCAUCCCGCCCAAGUCUUUGCUCUUCGGCCCGUAUAGUUCGGAUUUGAGACGGGGUAUCACAGUUCAGGUCAAACCCAAGGUCAACUGGAAAGAAAAGAAAAGCAAAAAACGCAACAGUCGCCAUCCCGUUUGAUACUGAAUAGAGAGCAGCAGUGGAAUGGAGUCAGCAGAGGAUACACCCGGAAAUUUAAUGGAGCAACAACCGCCGCCGGCGUCUAGCGACCUGUCGGCGCAGCCGGAACAGCAGCAUGAACAACAGCCGCCAUCUUCAUCACUAUCAUCGUCUGCUCCGCUACCUUCCUCCGUUUAUUCCUCGGCGGCAGCACCUCUUCUUUCGCCAGCAGGCCCAGGAAAUUCACUUCCUCCUCCUUCAGCGCCAGAAUCUUCGGAGAACUCAACCCUAAUAAGUCCCCCACCUCCUGCUUCCGUAGCCCCAACUUUGCAAAAUACUCAACCUAGACCAGCUUUAGAGCCGCCGUCCUCCUUCACUACUAACCGGCAACAACCCCCGUCUUUCCAGCACACGACUCACCAAUCUUCUUCUUCUUCCUCACUAACCGUGCCGCCGCCUGGCAGGGGUGGAUUGGUGAUUGGGGUCCCUGCCCACCAGCCCGGCACUUCUCCGCCGCUCACCUCCUUUUCAUCUAUGACCCAGCCUUCUUUUGGGCAGCAAUUUGGUGUGUUGGGUCGUGGAGUGCCGGAAUCUAUGCCUACUUCGAGCCUGGUCCAGGGGAGACAGACGGUACAAGGGAUGCAAGGGAUAGGAAUUACUGGGUCGCUUGGUUCUAGUAUGCCAAUGCGGCCAGCUGGGAUUCUUCCUCAGCCAGUGAGAUCUAUUACAACAUCACUCAGACAGCAUACUGUCAUGAAUAGCCAGUCCCCUUCUUCCCAAAGUUUUCAAGGACAGGGAAUGUUGAGAUCUCCAAACCCCUCUAGUACACCUCAAAGUCCACAGACCCAGAAUCAAGCAUGGGCAUCUUCAGGAGUACAAGGAAAGCCGCCUCGGCCACACCCUUCACUGAGGCCUCAACAGAGCUCACAGUCUUUACAGCAACGUUCUCAUAUUCGUCCAAGUCAGCAGCAACACUUCUCAUCUUCUUCCCAGCAAGCAUCGGCUUCGAACACUAGUCAGUCUCAAGAGAAUAUGGGCCAGGGUCAAUCUUUAAGGAUUCAACAACCCAUUUCUAAUCCACAACCAAAUGCUCCAAGGAGUCAUGGAUUUGGAGUCCAAAGACCUUCAUCACAUGCAGUGCUGCACUCUGCUGCCGUCCAAUCUGGACCUCUGAAUAACAUUGCCACUACAGAGACUGAGGAGGCGUGUGAUAGGAUUCUGAGCAAGAGAAGCAUCCGAGGGCUGGUGACCCAGAUUGACCCAUCAGAAAAGCUAGAUCCUGAAGUUGAAGACAUCCUUGUAGAUAUUGCAGAAGAAUUUGUGGAAUCUCUUACAACAUUUGGUUGCUCAUUGGCAAAACACCGCAAAUCCUCUACACUGGAAGCUAAGGACAUCCUUCUACAUGCUGAAAGGAACUGGAAUAUUUCCCUUCCUGGAUUUUGUGGGGAUGAGAUUAGAACAUACAAGAAACCUCUAACAACUGACAUUCAUAGAGAACGUCUGGCUGCAAUCAAGAGGUCAGCUACAAAGACAAACAAUCCAAAGAGCUCAUCUGGACAAGGUGGAAAUUCAAAGACUCAAUUUGGAAAAGGUCCUAGCAAUAUUUUGACUUCCCCUAAUGCAAAGACCUGAAACCGCAUGAAGUGCUGCUCUCUAGUCCGACUAGCUGUGCUAUCUUUCUUACCGCAUAAGGUUGAUGUGAAAGGUUGCUACUAGUUUUGUGACCAAACUGGGUUUUACAUCGUCCCUUGAGUGUUACAAAGAGGGAAAGUUCUGAACAAAGAAAUUGGCGAUCCAUAGGGGAGACGGUCUAAUGAAACAUCGUAACUUGAAAUGCGCAAUCCUCAAACGAACCAUCAAAAGGCCCAGCCCCUUCUUUGCCAUGGUACCAUGAUUAGCGAGGAUGACAAUAUAACUUUCUUACUUCCAUGGUUAAUUAGAGGUAGUAAAGAUAGUUGAUAUUGUGGAGUAUUUGAUUUAUCAUGUACAUAACUGUAACAUGCUAACCCCCGGCUGAAAAUUGACAUCUGAUCAGUGUACUGUUAUUUUUAUAUCAUUUUGUGCAAGCAUUUUCCUAUAAGCGUCUUAUGAUUGUAUUUAUUAUUCUUU